AAUACUCAGUGAUCGUUCUCGCGCGGGACGGACGCGGAGCGUUGUCGUAGUGCGCGAGCGCGGCGUGUAACCGCGGCGAUACCGCGCGCUCCGCGGUGCAGUGAUAUCAUCGGCGGUGAGGUGUAUGUCGCGCAGCGCGUGUCGUGCUCGUAUCGCGGAAAAGUAAACGGAAGGAAGGAAGGAAGAAGGGAAAAACCGAGAGAGAAAGAGAAACGUGACGUGUGACCGAGAGUGAAUUAUCCGCUUUGAACUUCGGUUCGGCGAGCGCAGCUUGGAAGAGGGAAGCUAAGGGGAAGAAAUACGCGGUGAGAUAAUCUGCAGGCUCUUCAAUGUAUCCUUGGUACCGGGAUAGCGUCGCGGCUGCGGCGGCAGCUGGCCUCGGCGGGCCGGUUGGCGUCGUGGGUUCCGGAUUCUGUUCCACUGGUCCCGGCCAAGGUGCUACCACUAUAAAAACUGAGAGCGGAUACUCCGACUGCAUGCUCGCCCUCGACUAUGUCCAGAGUAAAAAAAACUCAUUUGCGUGGUCGGAGGGUGGUGAAGAAGGUGGCGGUGGCGGCGGGGGAGGUGGCGGAGGAACGGGAGGGACUGGAACAGGUGGUACGGGUCCUGCGACCACCGGUGGCGGCGGACUGGCCCAUUGGGUCAGUGUUAUGGCGGAGCACAUUCACAAUCCGCACUCAGCCACUGGCGUCAGUGUUCACCAUCAACAACAAUCCCCACCUCAACCGCCUUACCCGUGGAACAAUGGCCUUUCCAGUGACCAAUGCGCCCCGCACGACAAGGAAAGCGACUACUGGGGUGGCGGCCGGGGCGCGAAACAAGGUUACGAGCACUUUCUGUUGCAGGCGAAAAUGAACGCGGACCAUGGUCAGCUGCAGAAAGGUGAUGAGCAGUAUCGAGGCGCCGGUGGCUCGAGCAGCGGAAGUCCGCCAGCCAGUCUUUUGGUGGUUCCUCAACCACUCACCGUAAAACCUUCCCAUCCGUCGCAUCUAAAUUCCCAUCUUGGUGGACCUCAUUCGCAUCCACCGAGGAAGUAUCAAUGCAAGAUGUGCCCGCAGAUAUUCGGUAGCAAGGCGGAUCUGCAGCUCCACACGCAGAUUCACAUGCGCGAAGCGAAGCCGUAUAAAUGCACGCAGUGCUCCAAGGCGUUCGCCAACUCCUCGUACCUGUCGCAGCAUACGAGGAUCCACCUGGGCAUUAAGCCGUACCGUUGUGAGAUUUGCCAACGGAAGUUCACCCAGCUGAGCCAUCUACAGCAGCACAUCCGCACGCACACUGGCGAUAAGCCAUACAAGUGUCGGCAUCCUGGCUGCACGAAGGCGUUCAGCCAAUUGAGCAACCUACAGAGCCAUUCCCGAUGCCACCAGACCGACAAGCCGUACAAGUGUAACUCCUGUUACAAGUGCUUCUCCGAUGAGCCAAGUCUGCUCGAGCACAUACCGAAGCACAAGGAGUCGAAGCACCUGAAAACGCACAUCUGCCAGUACUGCGGUAAGAGUUACACCCAGGAGACCUAUCUGGCGAAGCAUAUGCAAAAACACGCAGAGAGAACGGAUAAGAGACCGCCGAUCAUCGGCACGGGCCUCAGGCCGUCGAUACACGCGAUGACCGCUCACCAUCAGGACCACUACUGGCCCAAAGUUAGCCCGGACACAGUGAUCGGAGACCUGCACGAGAGGUUGCCACACCAUCACACAGAGUACCAUCAGAAUCAGAAUCCGGAGAUGUUAUUGCCGGGACACGGACAUCGCGCUGGUGAGUCUAUAGAGAACGACUCGAGGCAACAGACGCCUCAACCAGGAGCGAAUCAUCAUCCUAACAGCAGCUCGGCCUUCACGCCGAUAUCGUCGAUCUCGAUCAAUUCGAUCUCUUCGAUGCAGCACCCGUUAAACCCGCUGAAUCACCUGCACUAUCCUGGUAGCCAUCAUCCGGCGUCCCGACCGUACCUCUACGAAGCGUUCAACACGACGCAGAAGUCGUCGCCAACAUCCUCGUCGUCAGGUGUGACGCCUGGCACUACCAGCAAUCAGAACGCCACGUCCUUCCCGAAUCAGCUGAUCAGCCUUCACCAGAUUAGGAACUACGCCCACCAGCCAAAUCUCGGCAAUCUGGGCAAUUUGGGGAAUCUAGGGAACCUGAGCAAUCUCAGUAAUCUCAGUGCCACGAUGGAGAGCCAUGCGUUGCUAGGUGGUCUCAAAGAGAAGCAGUAAUUCUGCCUGAUCUUUGGAAAUUAACCUCAGAAAGCAUUCAUGCGCUCUUUGCCUCGGCCUGAGGCUCUCCUUCUAUCCUUUUUCUUCUGCUUUUCGCGUGACACGGUACGUCAUGACGCUGGCUCUUCAUCGAAGCUCGAUCGUUUUCUUCUCCGUGAUCUCUUUACCCAUCUAAUUUAUUCACCACAUUGGUGUAAGUAAAUCCCUCGCGAGCGAAGCCCCUUCUUUGCGUUAGUCUUGUACGCAUAUAAACAGGUAUGUAUGUAAAAAGGACAGGGUCUUGUGAUUUUUCAGUAGGUUAAAAUACAGCGUGAAAAUUAUCGUUGGGAAACGGAUAAGAAAUACGAGAUGAGGUCGAUGUGUGCUCGAAGAUCGAAAUUAUUUUCGAUAACAUAAAAUUAUUACGCUCUCCCACAUUCUUACUCCCCCUUUUGUGUCUUUCUUUUUUGUAAUCUUAUCUAUGAUCCUUUCGAUUCCGUAUAUAUAUGACUCAAUUAGAUGCGUUUACAUGCUUAUGUUAUUUACACAGACACACACAUAUAUCUAUAUAUAUUUACACAUAUAUAGAUAUAUUGAUCAAACUUAAGAAUCCAUUGUUACGCGCAGGAAAAGAACAGAUUCGUUUAAAGCAAAAUUAGUUCAUUGAUUUGAUUAC